CCUCAAGUCCCAGAAUAGGAAUAGCACUUCACGUUACACAUAGAACUGCAACUUUCAGGAAUGUAUCCCACCCAGUAACUGCUCCAAUACCACAGGAUGUUUACCUGGAUAGCAAAAGUUGCCCCACAACUGCCUCAGCCAGUCAAGCACCUGGAGAUCAGAUCGGAGGUUAGGAGUAGCUCUCAACCUGCAGAAGAACCAGAAGAGAAAACAGAGAACUUUACAGAAAAUGCAGAACAAGUCUCCUUUCCAAAAAAUGAAACGGAUAUAUGUUCUAACCCAGGAGAAACACAAGCUGAACCUGACCAGGUGCCAUUGCCUUGCAAAGAAACAAGCUCUGGAGGUGGUGUCCUAGUCUGGAUUGCGCAGAAUCUAAGCAGAUUCAUUCCACAACAUCUUGGUAGCUCCACACUGCCAAAAGCUGCACCAGCCGAAUCUCCAAAGGAAAUAGAGAUUAAGGAAGAAGAACCAAGCACAGAUCCACAACCAGCACCAGCUCCAGAUCCAUCUCCAGCUCCAGAUCCAUCUCCAGCUCCAGAUCCAGCUCCAUCCCAAAUUCCGGCACAAGCUCCAGCUCUAAUUCCAGAAAGUGUUCCAGCUCCGGAUGACCAACCACAAAGUCAGCCAUCUCCUGUUGUAGAAAACCCAUUGGUCCAGGACCAGCGGGAAGAAGGUCAAAGUGGUGGAAUGUUCAGGUGGUUUGUACAAGGGCUGGAAAAGGUGUUACCACAACCAGAAGGAAAAUCUAAACCAGGCAGUCUCAAUAUGGCAGCAGCUGGGGCGGCCAGUGCUCCCCAGGAAGAAAAGGAGGAACCUGCAAAACCACAGACAGAACAAUCCAUUGCUGAAACAAUGCCUGAGCCUGCGGCUAAGCCAGAGCCUGAGCCAAAAGUAGAACUUGUUGUGACACUUAAAGAGGCCACUGAGCAACAGACAGAACUGCCAACAGACGCUGAUUGCAUUGUCAAUGUCAUUGACAUGCCUCACUCGUCAGCCAGUGGAAGCAGUAUGUUUGGCUGGAUGACUCAAAGCCUGGGAAAAGUGAUCCCUAAGCCUGUAGGGAGCUCUGUGCCGGUAACUACCAUAUUGAAAAUGGAACAAGCACCCCAAGAAACUAAGGUCCCAAUGGAGGAGAAGGAAUCACAACUGAUUGUGACUGAUGUUACAGAGGAAGUGCCCAACGCUGCAACCUUUAUAGAAGUUGUUCCAGCUGAUCCAAACCCAGAUGCUUUAGUGAAGGAAGAGAAGCAGCCAGCAGGAGAGCCAAUCACCAAGACCAGCAGCGAGGAGGCUAAAAGUGUCUUCAGUUGGCUAGCAAAAGGUCUUGGGAAUGUUGUGCCACAGCCCGUCGUCAAAUCCCAAUUAAUGAAGGAGAAUGACAGGACUACAGCUGCAUGCCAUGCAGAGGAACCUCCAGUUUGUAUUCCAAAGGAGAUGGAGUUGGUAGACAUUGAAUCUGACUGGGAUGAAGAGGUUCAAUAUCUUGAUGCUGAAACUCAAACAAGCGAAUGUGAGGCAUUGGCACAGAUCACAAAACAAAUCACAGCCACAGAUGUAACACUAAUAAAGCAGAGUGAUGAGACACCAGAGGAAGAAGAAGAAAGGCAGCUGUGGAGUAUCACCGAGGAGGAGGAGGUGGACACGGAAAUUGUGAAAGUGUGUGAAGGAACUAAGAGCUGUGAAGAUCUACCCAGUGAAGAGGCAGAGGCAGUUUGCAAAAGAACCAACAGCAGUGAGGAUCAAUCAACAGCAGAGCCAGUGGUGGAAUGUGAAGAAAUCGAGAACAGUGAAUGCCUGCCAUCUGCAGAAUCAUUGCAGGAGUAUGAAGCAGCCAAGAGCAGUGAGGAUCUGCCACAAGCAGAACCAAUGCUGAAACGUGAAGAAGACCAGAGCAAUAAAGAACCAUCUCCAGCAGCUAAUGUGACUGCCAUCUGCCCAGUGGAGAGUGACCAGACUGUGCCACCAAUGCCCGAUGAAGAAGCCUCUGAAGAUCAAGUAUUGGCAGCAGUUGAGACCAGCCCCUCUCAACAGGAAAAGGAGAUUUUGAAGAGUGAGUUGGAAGAAGAAGAUCCUCACACAACCUCAUGGCCCUCGGUCAACAUUGAAGAUGUGGAUUCUGAAAGCGUUAAUUUAACACCGAAGAAUGGCAAGUUGCCACCAGCUAAAGUACCCUCUUCUCCAUACAAGAACCAGACACUUACAGUGCCAGGUGUCUCCAUGUCAGCACAAAGAAAUAAGUCCAAUCGUGAAAAUGUGGAUGAACCAUCCUGUGAAUCACCUAUGCAAGCUUGGAAUAGCCAAACAAAUCUCCAGGUUGAUGACAGUUCCAGAGAUAAACGGGGUUCAACAACAAGUAUUACCAGCGCUAUUGUUAAUGAGCGCCUCCAAGAGCUGGUGAGAAGCUUUAAAGAACGAACAGAACUAGUCAAGGAAAAGCUUAUUGACCCUGAUGCAUCCGAAGAUGAGGGAAGUCCAACUGCAUCACCAACUAAGAAGGCUAUGGAAGUCCCCCCUCCACCUCCACCCCCAGCCCGAGAGGAAGAAGGGGAGGAAGAGGAGGACGAACACUACUGUGAAAUGAUGUGCUGCCGGUUUAAAACUCAACCUUGGAUCAGACGGAUUAGAGGACUGGGGUUUCCAUCCAGCGUUGAUCCCUUCAGCAAUCCAAUGUAUGUGCUGUGGUUAUCCAUUGUGGUCUUCGCCUGGAAUUGGAAUGUUUGGUUAAUCCCUGUGCGUUGUACCUUUCCUUAUCAAACACCUGAUAAUGUCCACCUGUGGCUGUUGAUGGAUUACUUCUGUGAUCUGAUCUACGUGAUAGACAUCGCUUUUUUCCAAUCCCGUCUUCAGUUCGUUCAAGGAGGAGACAUUAUAACAGCAAGAAAGCCUAUGAGAGAAAAUUACAUGAAAACACCUAAAUUCAGGAUGGACUUAGUGUCACUUUUACCUCUGGACAUUUUGUACAUUAAGUUAGGUUUCAGACCUGUACUAAGGUUUCCACGCCUCAUGAAGUACAUGACCUUUCUUGAAUUUAACGACCGGCUGGAGGCUAUAAUGAGCAAGGCCUAUAUAUAUAGAGUGAUAAGGACCACAGUAUACCUACUGUACAGCCUCCAUAUAAAUGCCUGUCUCUACUACUGGGCAUCUGACUAUGAGGGUAUUGGAGCCACAAAGUGGGUCUAUGAUGGGGAAGGAAACAGUUACAUGAGGUGCUAUUACUGGGCAGUGAAGACUCUGAUUACAAUUGGAGGGCUACCGGACCCACAGACAGUAUUUGAAAUACUCUUCCAACUUCUCAAUUAUUUCACAGGCGUCUUUAUCUUCUCCAUUAUGAUUGGUCAGAUGAGAGAUGUGGUGGGCGCAGCCACCGCUGGACAGACAUAUUAUCGAAACUGCAUGGAUAACACUGUGAGAUAUAUGAACUCUUACAGAAUUCCUCGAUUCGUCCAGACCAGAGUACGGAAGUGGUAUGAAUUCACCUGGGAAUCCCAAGGAAUGCUAGAUGAGACAGAGCUGCUGGUGCAGCUUCCUGACAAGAUGAGAUUGGACAUUGCUAUUGAUGUUAACUACAGCAUUGUCAGUAAAGUGGCACUGUUUCAGGGCUGUGACAGACAGAUGAUUUAUGACAUGCUGAAACGACUGAAGUCAGUGGUGUACCUGCCUGGAGACUAUGUAUGCAAGAAGGGAGAGAUUGGGAGAGAAAUGUACAUCAUUAAAGCUGGAGAGGUCCAGGUUGUUGGUGGUCCUGAUGGAAAGACUGUGUUUGUGACUCUACGAGCAGGUUCUGUAUUUGGCGAGAUCAGUUUGCUUUCGGUUGGAGGAGGGAAUCGACGGACUGCAAAUGUUGUAGCUCACGGAUUCGCAAACCUCUUCAUUCUCGACAAGAAAGACUUGAAUGACAUUCUAACCCACUAUCCAGACUCUCAGAAACUGCUGCGAAAGAAAGCUAAGAAACUGCUGUCGAAAAGUGAUGGAAAAGAUGUAAAGCCACAACCAAAAGGAAUACAGCAUAUUAUCCCUCCAAGACCAGAGACUCCUAAAUUAUUCUUGGCAGCCCUCUCGAUAACAGACAAAUUUGGAAUCAAGGGAACAUUCUCACUUAUUAAACAGAAACUCAGAGAAUCUGCCAAAAUGAAGCCUCUUCCAAAGCCUCCUGCCUCCCCUGUCCAUCGCCGAUCACCUGUUCCAGUGGAAAAGGUGGAGGAUGACGAUGAUUAUGAUGACGAUGAUGAGGUUCUUUCCAAAUCUUCAGAUUACUCAGUGCUGAUCAGAAUGAGCCCCUCACACCGCAAGUCUAAGGGACAAAUCUUAUCUGUAGAAGUCCCAACUGAAGGAGAAGAAGAAGAUUCUGAAAAAUGAUACUGCUUUGGAUUUGUGUGUCGUGCUGUUAACAGUACCAGCUAAAAACUAGGCUUGAGAUGUCAGUUAAAAUGCAUUCACUAACAGUUAGGCUCACAGUGCCACCAAUGCAUCCAUAAUGCAGAUAGACUUGCAAUGAUAAUAUGUCAUUCACAAACUCAGGAUGUCUCAAAGUGCUUUACAGUCCAAUAAAUGCUUAAGUAGCCUCUGUCGUAACGUAGGAAACACAGUGUUUAAUUUGAGCACAGUAAGGUCUCACUAUCAUCAAAUCUGUUUUAGGUGCUGUUAUGUGCUAGCUACGUUGAGAAGAUCAGAAACUGUGACCAGUUGCUAAACUAGUUACGCAUGUCAACAAGAAAAUCAAACUGUGUCUGCCGAGGAUCAAUUCCAGGGGAAUACACUCUCAGAAAUUACUGAAUAAUGCAUCCCAGACAGUGCAAGUAUCAAGGGAUCAGCAAAUAAAUAUUUCCACAACACACAUGAAGAAAGAUUCUGGAGAUAUACACAAUCAUUCAUGGAUACAGCUCAUUUGUGUGAUCACAACAUUUUCGAAUAUAUUCUAUGAACCCCCAAAUAUAUAUAACUGUUGUACAUUACACAUAAUAGACAUGCCAGACACACACUCACGAAACAUAUGGGAGCUAAUCCGACGCACAGCAGUAGCAGAGCACAUGUAUUUAGUUGCAUACCUACCACCUACAAAUUUUACCACACUGAAUGUAGACUGAGAACACUAACGUACAUAUGUCACUAAUUAUUGUUAAGCCAUUAGCGUUGAAUCUACAUAAAUGAAACUAAAUGUGCAUGUUAAUUAUUAUAGCUGUAUGUAGUUUUAUAAAAGUGGUUUUGCAAUUCUAAAUAUCUUUUACUUUUCUGGACAUUCCGUAAUCAGCCAUUCUUUUCAGAAACAAGUUAUUGUCAUGGUGAGCCUUUGAAAUUGGCAUUACCUCUAUAAAAUAAAGCUUCAUGAUAUGUCAA